AGCCGUGAAGCAGCAGUAGCAGCAACAGCAGCUCCGCUUGCUUCGUACAGUUUUUAUCCAUGAAAACAAUUGUCUGAACAUCGUAUUGUUCGACUGGUUAUAUCAACUCGUGGUACACGCCGUGCCUGUCUCCGUUAUUCCAGUUCACGCAGUGACGGUUAACCUUAAAAAGUAGUGGCGGUCGCGGUGGUGUCGCGAGACAGUCCCGUGGUGAAACGGACUCGUCUCGGUCGUUAAGGCGUCGUCGCCGAGUGCGUUCGCUCUGUUUCUCGACGUUGUUCGAGACAGAGAGGUGUGAAAAGGAAAGUGCAUAGUCAUCGAUGUGAGAAGUCGAGGCUAGGAAGAAGGCCCGCCGCAGCAGGAGGGAGAGAGUGAGAGGAGCUGUUCGUGGUUACGAGAGGCCGAUAUAUCGAGCCGGGAAUUUAGGCAAUCGUAGGCUCCGUUAGGGAGCUCCAGGGGUGGCAACGGUCUCGCUAGGAGGUGUCAAAGCUGGCGCGUGGGGCGGGAGAGUCAGCGGUGGUCUGGCUCUGGUUCCGGUGGUAGCGGCGGAAACGGAAGCCGCGACAGCAACAGAUCAGAGAGAAGGACUGGAAAAGACUAGUGCGACCCGCUGGAGGAGGAGAUUCGAACGUCUUCUAGUUCUUCUUUCUACCCUUCCCGUUCCUGGUGGUGGAAAGCUCGAGGACGUUCACUGGCCACCGGAAGAAACGUCGUCGGCGUGACACUGGGCCCCAAGCACCUUCGUCAAGGCACGCGAGAUAGGAUUAAUCCAUUCCUGAAAAAUCACAUUUUAGGCUUCGUUGGAGGUGUACCGCCUCCUCCUCGAGAAACACCCUUUUCCACCCUUCGCGGGUACUCACGCUUAGCGCAUCAUUAGACAGGCAUCAUGACCGAGGUCGAAAACCUUCGUCAGGAGGCGGACGUGCUGAAAAAUGCCAUUCGAGAUGCCAGAAAAGCAGCAUGCGACACGACGUUGGUUCAGGCCACGUCAGGCAUGGAGCCUAUCGGCCGGAUACAAAUGCGCACGAGACGCACGCUUCGUGGACACUUAGCCAAGAUCUAUGCCAUGCAUUGGGGCAGUGACUCAAGAAACUUAGUAUCAGCCUCGCAAGAUGGGAAACUAAUCGUUUGGGAUAGUUACACUACCAACAAAGUUCACGCGAUCCCCUUGCGCUCCUCAUGGGUAAUGACCUGUGCGUAUGCACCGUCAGGUAGUUACGUGGCCUGCGGUGGGCUGGAUAACAUUUGUUCCAUCUAUAGUCUUAAAACUAGGGAAGGAAAUGUAAGAGUUAGCCGAGAGCUCCCAGGUCACACUGGGUACUUGUCCUGCUGUCGAUUCUAUAACGACAACCAAAUUGUUACUAGUUCUGGGGACAUGACUUGUGCCCUAUGGGACAUAGAAACAGCACAACACUAUACCGCCUUCGUUGGGCACACGGGCGAUGUUAUGUCCCUGUCCUUGGCUCCAGACAUGAACACGUUUGUAUCUGGUGCGUGUGAUGCUAGUGCAAAAUUGUGGGACAUUCGUGAAGGAACUUGUAAGCAAACUUUCCCUGGCCAUGAAAGCGACAUAAACGCUGUUACGUUCUUCCCGAAUGGAUACGCUUUCGCGACGGGUUCAGACGACGCGACAUGCAGAAUUUUCGAUAUUAGGGCAGAUCAAGAAUUGGCGAUAUAUAGUCACGACAAUAUUGUCUGCGGUAUCACCAGCGUAGCGUUCAGCAAGAGCGGUAGAUUAUUGUUGGCCGGCUACGAUGAUUUCAACUGCAACGUUUGGGAUACAAUGAAGGCUGAGCGAGCUGGAAUUCUUGCCGGUCACGAUAAUCGCGUAUCUUGCCUCGGCGUUACGGAGGAUGGUAUGGCAGUAGGGACGGGCUCAUGGGACUCGUUUUUGCGUAUUUGGAACUAACUUGGGGUUCACCCCAAGACGUUCCUUCACAGAACCAAUUGCAGCCAAUCA